UUUAAAAACACCCCCCCCACAAUAUCCUUCAGGCCUCUUCCCAUGUUUAGAGAGCCUAUCUCUAGUUUGCUGUGUCCUUAAAAUAUACGUUUAUAAACUUAGGCCAGCUUUUUAUGAUGAUAUCUGUAUCCAUAACACAUAAGGAAAGGCGGAGCUACUUCUGAAGAAUCACUCGUGGUUACUUGGUCCCUUUCUUUGCCCUCAUUGCCCCAAAUUAUUAUUAUUUAUUAAAUUUACCAGAUACUAGAAUGUGGUGGGGUGGUUUACAGCGCCUGUCAUCAAGACGCUCCCUUGUGGUCAGACGUCUCUGGCCAUCUGUCUUAGUUCGUGGUCCAGUGUUAUUGCAAGUGGAGUCAAGACGGCCAUACACACCGCAGGCAGAAAGGAAAAGGUUCUACCAGAAUGUCAGCAUCUCCCAAGGUGAAGGUGGCUUUGAAAUCAACUUGGACCACCGAAAACUGAAAACCCCCCAGGCCAAGCUCUUCACGGUGCCAAGCGAGACUCUGGCUCUGGCUGUGGCGACCGAAUGGGACUCUCAGCGGGACACCAUCAAGUUCUACACAAUGCACCUGACAACCUUGUGCAACACAGCUUUGGACAACCCGUCGCAGCGAAGCAAAGAUCAGCUCAUCAAGGCAGCUGUGAAAUUCUUGGAGACGGACACAGUUUGCUACCGGGUGGAAGAGCCGCCUGCCUUGGUGGAACUGCAGAAGAAUGAGUGGGAUCCCAUAAUCGAGUGGGCAGAGAAAAGGUACAAUGUUGUGAUUGGCUCAUCAACAAGCAUCAUGGGUCCCAGCAUCCCGCAGAGCACGAAGGACACCUUUGUCAGCCACCUGGCAUCGUAUAACAGCUGGGCCCUUCAAGGCAUAGAAUACAUGAUCACCCAGCUGAAGUCUCUGGUUCUCUCGAUGAGCCUGCUUGACAAACACCUGACAGUUGAGCAAGCUGUCCUACUGUCUCGUCUAGAGGAAGAAUACCAGAUCCAGCACUGGGGGAACGUUGAGUGGGCCCACGACUAUGACAUGUACGAACUUCGGGCCCGCACGGCUGCUGCUGCCCUUUUUGUUCAGCUUUGCUUAGAGAAUUCCACGGUCAAACACAAGCUGCUGCAGGACUGAGACUCUGGGGCGGACAAGGAGCGGGCACCGGUGCCCUGGGCAGACCUGUAGAACAUCCAGGACCGACUGAGUGGCAGGUGGAGAAGAGAGGGAGCUGGU